AUGUGUUUUCAAGUAACUUGUCAAACAUGCCAGAAAUAUACGUGGCAAGGAUGUGGGAAACAUAUCGAUUCAGUCAUGAGUAAAAUACCAGUUGAGGAACGUUGUACGUGUAAGAAAGAUGUAAAGGAAAUUCCAGGUACACCAAUGGAUCUUGAUGUCAAAACUGUAGCGUUAUUAUUGGGAUUGUUAAUUACCACAUAUUGGUGGUUGUCGUGGUAA